GCGCGGAUCUAGCGGUUAAUCGCAGCUUAUUGCCAGUUUUUGCCUGGCUACGUUUGUUAUCGAUCGCUGUGAACGCAGUGCGCACCGCUCGAGCGCUCGCCACCACGGCUGUAGCAAAAUAUCAAAAUCAGCAUUGAGAGCACUGUCUGAGCACUGCCAGAUCACUGCCCCAAUCUAACCCCCACGUGCGGCAAGGCAUUAUGAUUACACGCAACUCCUCGACGACGGCCGCCGCGACCGCCGCAACCGCCGCGGCCGCGCUCGCGGCCCUCGCCUGGCGCCGCCGCCGCGCCCGGAGCGCGGACACAAAAGCUAUGGCGAUACUGGCAGCGCGCAACGCGCGCAUGCACUCGACCGAAGCCAUCCGCCACGGUCGAGCCUUCGACGUGAGGGCGAGCGACGUCUUCGUCGUGACGUACCCCAAGUGCGGGACGACGUGGGUCUCCGCGAUCGCCCACUUUUUGAGGGGCGGCGACGAGGACGACUUCGGGGAGAUCUGCGAGGCCAUGCCCUGGGACAUUAUUGCCUUGGACUGCGGCCAGAAUUGUAACGAUGAGCAGGGCCGGUCGCCGCGGCUCUUCAAGUCGCACGAGGCUUAUCAUACGAUCGCCAAGGGCGGCAGGUACGUCUACGUGGCGCGCGCGCCGGCCGACGCACUCGUAUCGUUCUACAAGUUCCUCCCCCCGUACAUGCACGCGCCGCACAUGUCGAUCGAGGCUUUUUGCGCGGGCGUCUUCGGCGGGCUCUCGCACAGCGGCGGCGUCUGGGCCCACCUCUGCGGCUGGUGGGCGCGGCGCCGCGACGCGAACGUCUGCUGGGUCUGCUACGAGACGUUGCGGGCGCACCCCGAGCGCGAGAUCGCGCGCAUCGCGCGGUUCAUGGGCGUGCCCGCCGACGCGGCGACGGUCGCGCGCGUCGCGGCGCGGACGUCGCUGGCGGCGAUGCGCGCGGCCGGGCCCAAGUACGACGACCACUUCGUCUUCCACCGUCUCAAGGGCCAGAUCGGCAUUGCUGGGGAGCACCGCGCGUCGAAGGUGCGGCAGGGCACCGUCGGCCGCGGUGCGGCGCUGCCGGCUUCCGUGCGGAGGAUGCUCGAGGCGCGGUGGCGCGACACGGUCUUCCGGCGGACGGGGCUCGCGUCCUACGGCGAACUGCGCGCGGUCGCGGCGCGCGAGGCCGCGGCGCCGUCGGUGACGCGGUCGCCGAGGGGCUCCUACGACGCCGACGGCCUCGCCGAGCUCGCGCCACCGCGGCCCCAGGCGACGCGCGGGCCGAGCGGCUCCUAUGACUGCGGCGACUUCGACGAGGCGCCGCCCGCCGGGCCCACGCCGACGCGGGGCCCCCGCGGAUCGUACGACGACAACAGCGACUUCGAGGACGACAUCGCGAACCUGACGCCGCCAGCGCCCGACUCGCCAAUCGACCGUGCGAUCGCCGACGCGCGGGCGGACAUCCACGACCGCGUCGAGCAGCGCGUGGCCGAGCUGGGUGCCGACGAGGACGCGCGCGCCGCCCCGCCGCCGCGGCCGCCGCCCGCUCCCGGCGACCCGUACGACUGGAUUCCCGUCGAAGAGGAUUAGUCCGAGUGAGUAAUUUCGAGGAGGAGUGA